ACUGAAAUCACCAUACAAAAAUUCGAAAUCAGUGAAACAAAAAUGUCCAAAUUUAUCGUACGAGGUCCGGCUCGUUUAAGUGGUGAAGUGCAAAUAUCCGGUGCGAAAAAUGCGGCUUUGCCAAUUUUAUUCGCUGCGAUUCUGACGGAAAAACCAGUAGAAUUACAAAAUGUUCCACAAUUGAAUGAUAUAACCAUCACUGCGAAGCUUCUGUCUCAAUUGGGAGCGAGCAUAAAAAGACAAAGUGGCUCCGUAUUCAUCGAUUGUUCUCAAAUCACCAAAUUUUCUGCGCCUUUCGAUUUGGUGAAAAUGAUGCGCGCUUCGAUUUGGAUGUUAGCACCUCUUCUGGCAAGAUUCGGUCAAGCUCAAGUGGCUCUUCCGGGUGGUUGUGCAAUCGGUGCCCGUCCAAUCGAUUUGCAUAUUUCCGGUCUAAAAAAACUCGGUGCUGAAAUUCACCUUGAAGACGGUUUUAUCAAGGCUUCCGUGAAUGGUCGUUUACAUGGUGCGCAUAUUCCAAUGGAAAAAGUGAGCGUUGGUGCCACAGUGACAGUGAUAACAGCAGCAACAUUAGCUAUUGGUGUCACAACUAUCGAAAAUGCCGCCUGUGAACCGGAAAUUGUUGAUAUGGUUAAUUUUUUGAAUUCGAUCGGUGCUAAGAUCACUGGAGCUGGACGCGAUAAGGUCAUUAUUGAAGGAGUUGAACGCUUGAAUGGCGGUGUUUAUCGUGUUAUGCCCGAUCGCAUUGAAACUGGUACAUUUUUAGUAGCAGCAGCGGUAAGUGGAGGAAAAAUUGUGUGCCGAGGCACUCGAGCGGAGAACUUAACCGUGGUGUUGGCAAAAAUUCGUGAAGCCGGAGCUGAAAUUGAAGUCAGUGAUAACUGGAUUGCUUUGGACAUGCAAGGAAAGCAACUAAAAUCGGUUGAUAUCAGCACAGAGCCUCAUCCAGGCUUCCCAACAGAUCUCCAGGCUCAAUUUACUCUGCUGAACAUUGUUGCACUUGGCACGGGCAUCAUCACUGAAAAUAUCUUUGAAAAUCGUUUCAUGCAUGUACACGAGCUGGCUCGUAUGGGAGCACAGGUUGAACUGGAGAAAAAUUCAGCAAUUUGCACAGAGACAAAAUAUUUGUCUGGGUCAAAUGUGACGGCAACCGAUUUGAGAGCAAGUGCAGCUUUAGUCAUCGCAGCGUGUAUUGCUCAUGGUGAAACGACCAUCGAACAAAUUCAUCACAUCGAUCGUGGAUAUGAACGAAUCGAAGAGAAACUUAGACGAUUAGGUGCUGAUAUUGAACGGCAAGCGACUCGUAUACGCGUGGAUGGAAAGUGCUUACUAGAAGUAAUCAAUUUUGGAUUUGAAAUAAUUAUUUUUUUUACCCUAUACAAGCGAGGUAUUUGUUACGAAAAAGCCAUAAAUGUCUAA